AUGCAUGUCGGGUCCUAUCUUUCCACCGUCCUUUACGGACUGCCCGUGUUGGCCCAAGCACAGAGCUCUCCUGAACCUGCUGUUGAUCCCUUCAAGGCCUACACGAUCAAAGCGGAGAACAUCACUGCUACUUUGAUUCCCUAUGGUGCGCGAUUGACGUCUGUCCUCGUGCCCGAUCGCGACGGCAACCAGCAGGAUAUCGUGCUGGGCUACGAUGACCCCAGGGACUACUUGAAGGAUACCGAAACGAACCAUACUUACUUCGGUGCCGUGGUGGGCCGGUAUGCCAACCGGAUCAAGAACGGAUCGUUUGUCCUGAACGGGGAGAAAUACGAGAUUCCGAGCAAUGAGAACGAAGGUCUCAACACUCUCCACGGAGGUUAUGUGGGCUACGACCAGCGCAAUUGGACUGUCACUACGUACUCGGAGUCCACCGUCACCUUUACCUUGCUAGACCGGGGAUUCGAAGACUUUCCGGGUGACAUUGUCACCCAUGCUACCUUCACCGUGGACAACAACCGCACGCCAGACAACCCCGACGGUCUGCCGCUGUUGACAACCAAGUUGGUCUCGCUCGCAUUGACCGAAAAGACCCCGAUCAUGCUGUCCAACCACAUCUACUGGAACCUGAACGCAUUCAAAGAAGAGAACAUCCUAGACGACACCUUCCUGCAAUUACCCUUGUCCAGACGCUUCGUCGGCACAGACGGCCUCCUAAUCCCGAACGGCACCAUCCUCGACGUUCACAGCGCCUACAACGGCAGCGCCGAUUUUACCACCGGUAAACUUGUGGGUGAAGCCAUCGAAGACGCUGAAGGUCUCUGCGGAACAGACUGCACAGGGUACGACAACUGCUUCGUCAUCGACCGUCCGCCUCAAUCCGCCGCACAGGAUUCGCUUAUCUCCAUCCUCCACGCAAACUCCAGCACUACGGGUAUCUCUCUCGAAGUCAAGAGCAACCAGCAAGCCAUCCAGAUCUACACGUGUCCUGGCCAGGAUGGGUCUAUCCCGAUUAAGCCGUCGCAGGAGAAGCGGAACGAAGGGCAGGGUGCUAGCAGUGUCAAUGCGUAUGGGUGUUUGGUUAUUGAGCCUGAGGGUUGGAUUGAUGGAAUCAAUCACCCUGAAUGGGGACAGUUGCCGUACCAGGUUUAUGCACCAGAUACAGCUCCGGCGAUUAACUGGGCUACGUAUAAGUUUGGGACGAUUGCUUAA